GCCCAUGCUGAAAAAGAAGAUGACUACUGGGACUCUGUACUCUGGAGUGAUCAGACAAAGAUAAAUGUUUUUGCAACUGAUGGCUUCAAAACUGUAUGGUGUCGCAAAGGUGAGAAGUACAAAGAAAAAUACAUGGUGCCUACAAUGAAACAUGAUGGUGUCCUUCUGUGGGGCUGCAUGAGUGUUGCUGGUGUGGAAGAGCUGUAUUUCAUUGAUGGUAUCAUGAAUUCACAAAUCUACUGCUCUAUAUUGAUAGAGAAGUUUUCCAACAUGACAAUGAUCCAAAACACACAUUUAAGGCCACUGUUGCAUUUCUGA